AUGCAGUCAACAGCACCUCAGCUUAGUCCAGUCAAGGAUGGACGCCGGGUUCUUGGUGAAAAAGAUACCAACGCGUGUCUGUCGCCAGCCCAGAACAAACAGUCUCUCCCGGUUACUGGAACGCCAGUCAAACGGGCCCUGUUCUCGACAUCACCAAAGAAGCUUCUUCCCUCGCCAAUGUUUGCAGGUCAAAAAAGGACUAGGGACCAGAUGGAUGAGACAGAGGAGAGCGGACCGGUGCUGACGCGGGGCUCUUCGAUUGAAAGCUCUCCGGUCAAGAAUUCCAGCCCGAAGCCACAGCAAAAUCAAGAACUAGACACGCAGGAAACCCGCGUCGUCACGCCUCCACGGUCCGAACGCGACCAUAACCAACAAAUGGAUACACAACCCACCGCGUCGAACCAACGAACAAUCCCCAACGACCCAGACGCGCGAAAAAUAUUCAUUCAAGAAAAAGCGGCUCUCCUCCGAAACACACUCCAAACCGCCAUGCGCAAUGUAACCGACCACCAGAUCGACCGCCGAGUCUCCGACCUAGAAGAGCACAGCCGAAAAUGUCCCAGAGUCUCGUCGAUCCUUUCUUCUUCACCGCUACCUACUUUGUCAUUCCGGAAUACAACUACGCCUAAAUUCACCACUCCCCGCAUUGGGUCGAUGCCCGAUAUGAGUUCGACACCUUGUCACCAAACACCUGAUCUGCCCCGCCGCCGGUCCCCAUUGCACGCCGAACGCGUCAAGCAGCAGCGGACUCCACCCCGCACGCUUGGAUCCCCUAUGCAACUGAGUAGUCCCCCAGCCACGGUAGUUCGCCACAGCCGGACCCGUGACGUUGGGGGAGACGCAGGUCGUGACGGCCUAUCACCGUCUCAACGUGGGGAUGCGGUGGAUGGGUUGCUCAAGUUGAUGAGCACAGCUGAUCGACGUGCCAGCGCUGAUGCAUGGAGUGGGUGA